UUCCUGCCUACCUUGUGUCAAGCGUGUAGCGUGUAGGUGUAGCGUGUCGUGACCCAGCAGAGGUGUGAUGUGAUCUGGCAUGGUGGACCCGCUAAAAGUCCUCUGGAUCCUAACCAAUAGCACCUAUUUAGUGAGCAAGUUCCUGCGCAAUGGGGGGUCCGAGAAGGACGAUAGCACGCCCUACUUUGAACAGUCACUUUACGAGGCAGCGGUGGAUGAGAAUGAAGAAGUCGACCAUCCUGUCCUUACCAUCCCCGCACACUCACAGAACAACUCGACGAAUAUUCGAUACGAGAUCGCAGGCGGUAACGUAGGCGGCGCGUUCUCAGUGGACCAGAACGGAGUGCUGAGGGUCGCAGGGCCUGUAGACUACGAGACGAGAAAACUGUAUGAGCUGCGACUCGCCGCUUCCUAUAACUCUACUAUCAGUUUUACGACAGUGGAGGUGCUCGUUAGAGACGUGAACGACAACCCUCCAGUGUUCGAGCGGCCCGCCUACAAGACUCAGAUCACAGAGGAGGACGACAGGAACCUCCCCAAGAGGGUGCUGAAGGUAGUGGCAGUGGACGGCGAUAUCGACCGCCCUCAGAACAUCAUCUAUUCACUGACUGGACAGGGGAUCGACCCGGACAACCCUACCAAUAGUAAAUUCACGAUAGAUAAGCGAUCAGGAGAGAUCUUUGUACUAAAGCCCCUAGACCGUGACCAGCCUCGAGGCCGGCCCAGCUGGAAGUUCACGGUGUUCGCUCAAGACGAGGGAGGAGAAGGACUUGUUGGCUACGCGGACGUCCAAGUAAACCUCAAGGACAUCAAUGACAAUGCGCCCGCGUUUCCUCAUCACAUCUGCUACGGUAACAUCACCGAGAACGGUGAGGCGGGGGCUGUGGUUAUGACGAUGUCAGCCGUCGACUAUGAUGAUCCUGCAGAAGGAACUAACGCUAGGCUCACCUACUCUAUCGAGAAGAAUGUGAUAGAGGAGGAGACUGGUGCGCCAAUAUUCGAUAUCGAAUCAGCCACAGGAACGAUCAGGACCGCGGUGUGUUGCCUGGACCGGGAGAGGACGCCUGACUACGCAAUCCAGAUCGUCGCGGCGGACGGAGGAGGGAAGAAAGGAACUGGCACUGCGUCAAUACGUGUAACAGAUGUAAAUGACAGACCACCCCAGUUUACAAAGGAUGAAUGGCUGACGGAAGUGUUAGAGACUGACGGUACCAGUCUUCCGUCAGAGCCCAUCCUGACCGUCACCGUCCUUGAUGAGGAUGAGAAAAAUGACUUCCAGUACAAGGUAAUAGAGAACAGUGGAUUUGGGGCUGACAAAUUCUCGAUGAUGCGCAAUCCUGAUGGAUCGGGAUCUCUUCUAGUGGUUCAACCACUGGAUUUUGAAGAUACCCUUCACAAAAACGGGUUUCGCUUUAGGAUACAAGUGAACGAUCAGGGUGUAAAAGGAGAGGCCGACAAAAAUCACGUUGCAUACUCAUGGGUGGUCGUAAAGCUGAAGGACAUCAAUGACAAUUUCCCGCAAUUCGAAAGGUCACACAUAGAAGUCACUGUGGAGGAGGAUGCAGAAGUUGGGACUCCUUUGGAGGUAUUUCGAGCAAAAGAUCCCGAUCAAGGCAGCAAUGGCAAGGUAGUUUACAACAUAGACCGAGCUACCGACCGCAGAAGGAACUUCCGCAUCAGUCAAGAUGGCACAGUAUCCAUUCAGAGAGCACUGGAUAGAGAGGAGAGAUCAAACUAUACGUUGAAGGUCCUAGCAGCAGACGAGGGGUCUCCAGCCCGUACGGCUACAGCUUCUAUGUCCGUCACAGUUUUGGAUGUGAAUGACAACGCUCCAGUGUUUACACAACAGUACCGACCGGUUGUGAUGGAAGGAGAGCCCAGCACCAAGGUGGUUGAGUUAGUCGCCAAGGAUGCAGACGAUUCCGAGAGGGGAAAUGGACCUCCAUUCACAUUCAACAUUGAUCCUGAAGCUGAUGACAUUCUGAAAGCUUCAUUCAAGGUGGAAAAUAUUCCAAGAGGGGCUGGAGGUAACGGCACAGGAGUGGUCUGGUCUACACGGGUCCUGGACCGAGAGGAACGCAAGGAGUACUUGGUCCCGAUUGUGAUCCGGGACUCUGGACACCCAACCAUGACCGGAACUAGCACUCUAACCGUAAUCGUGGGAGACGUUAAUGACAACCCCAUGUAUGGGGGAUCUAAACAUAUUCUUGUCUACAACUAUAUGGGACAGAUGCCAGAUACAACUAUUGGUCGAGUAUACGUGAGGGACGCUGACGACUGGGAUGUUCCGGACAAGAUAUUCUACUGGGACACUAACGAGCAUGUCCGGUUCCGGCUAAACGAGGACUCCGGAAUGAUUACAAUGCGUCAGGGUACUCCGGACGGCCGGUACCUGCUCAGGUUUAAAGUGUACGACCGGAGACAUACGAGGACAGAGGUGUUCUGCAACGUGACAGUAACAGUGAAAGAGCUGCCUCACCAAGCCGUCCUACAGUCGGCCUCUCUGAGACUGAUGGGAGUCACGGACGAGCAGUUCAUCUCCGAGGAUAGCAACGUAUCCAGAGCUACGGAGAGCAAGGCGGCUAGACUGCGCGAGAAGUUGGCCGAGUACCUGAAGCUAGAAGAGCGGCAGGUGGAUAUAUUCAGCGUACAGAGGGUGCGAGGAGAUCCCACCAUGGUGGAUGUUAGAUUCUCAGCGUACAGUGCACGGUAUUACAACCCUGUCAGGCUCCACGCGGCUCUACUGCUCAACAGGCUGGAAAUAGAGAAAUAUGUUGGAAUCAACAUGACGAUGGUUGGAGUUAACGAGUGUCUCUCGGAAUCGCAGUGCCCAGACAGCUGCACCAACAGCCUGAGUGUGAGCCACGAGCCACAUCUGGUUAACGCCAACAGGACGGCUCUGGUGGGAGUUCACGUAGCAGUGGUGCCGCGGUGUACGUGCGGUGCACGUGACUUCUCCAGCCCCGACACUUGCAGGAGCAAACCAUGCUACAACGGUGGAAAGUGUACACAACACCGUUACACAGUCAGCUGCACGUGUCCGGCCGGAUACCAUGGACCGCGCUGCCAGCAGACAACCCGCAGCUUCCGCGGUGAAGGGUGGGCGUGGUUCCCACCCCUCCAGCCGUGUCAUGAAUCCCACCUUUCAGUCGAGUUCAUCACGGAGAAAGAAAAUGGCCUUAUCUUGUACGAUGGUCCAGUUACGCCACCGAAAAGAGAUCAAGAAAUAGUUUCCGACUUUAUAUCACUUGAGGUGGCCAGAGGUCAGCCUCGACUUCUGAUUGAUUUUGGAUCCGGGACUCUGGAACUGAAAGUAAAAACAAGACAAGGUGUCUCCGACGGGAAGUGGCACAGGGUGGACAUAUUUUGGGAUAAAGAGGUAGUUCGUAUGAUGGUAGACUUCUGUCAAUCUGCCGAGAUAUCUGAAGCAGAGAACGAUACCAAGACCGAGAUCGACGAUUCGAGCUGCCAAGCAAACGGUACCGUUCCUCCUUUUAAUGAGUUUUUGAACGUGAACCACCCGCUGCAAGUGGGAGGGAGGUUCGUGCAGAGCUUCGACCCCGUCAUGUACAACUGGCAGUCAGCUCCAGUCAGCGAUAGCUUCGACGGGUGUAUCCGCAACCUCGCUCUCAACAGUCAGCUCUACGACUUAGCUAAUCCCGGGUAUUUCAAGAACAGCGUGGGAGGGUGCCCGCAGGUGGAGGACCUCUGUGCCAAGCAGGAGCCUCCCCUGAAGUGCUGGGACCGUGGUCACUGCAUUGGCAGCUUCUCUGAAGUCAAAUGUGAAUGCAAGCCAGGCUAUAGUGGUCACGUUUGCACUCACAUUACGACACCGACCACCUUCUUCCCCCAGAGUUACGUCAAGUUCGCUCUGUCCUUCGACCCGGAUAACUUCCACACCGACAUACACCUGCGGUUCCGCACUAGAGAAGAUUCCGGAGAACUCUUCAGAGUCAGCGACCAGCAUGCUAGAGUCUAUGCGAUCUUGGAGAUAAAGGAGAAAAGGGUCCACUUCCGCUAUAACCUGAACAAGAUGAAGGUGGAGGAGUGGGAUCUAACGCUGACCUGGGUAGAUGUGGCCGACGGUCGCUGGCACACAGUCACAGUGUCGAGGUACGGGUCAAUGGCGGUCUUGCAGCUGGAUGGCGGAGAAGGACGUAGACACAACGAGACCUUCCUGAUGCUUGGACACCAGUGGUUGCCGGUCGACAAACAGGAGGGUGUCUUUGCUGGUGGAAAGGUCGAGUACACGGGGGUGAGAACCUUUGAGGUUCUUGCAGAUUUCCAUACAGGUUGCAUUGACGAUAUCCGGAUGAACGGGUACUACCUGCCAUUACCACCUGCGGUGAACGGAACACAGUGGGGUCAAGCCACUAUGGCUCGCAACCUAGGCCGUGCCUGUCCGUCGUCCAACUCCUGCCUCUCAGCUAUUUGCCAGGAACCCUUCCAGUGUGUAGAUCUCUGGCACGAUUACGAGUGUUCUUGUGGUGAAGGAAGAAGCAUUUCGACGGACGGAAAGGCAUGUGUGGACCGGAAUGAAUGUUUGGACAGUCCCUGUCAGAACGGAGGAGUCUGUUUCAAUCAAGAACCAAGGUCACGGUAUCGUUGCGUCUGCCUUGAAGGUUUCUGGGGAGACAACUGUGAACUGGUCCAGGAACCCCAGACCAUGAAGUUAGGGUUGGGAGCCCUGGCUACCAUCCUAGGUUGUCUGUUGGUAAUAUUAGUAAUAGUGCUGGCUCUUGUCCUGUACAAUCGAAGACGAGAUGUCCCGGUAAAGAAGGCAAGGCCAGAGGAUGACAUAAGGGAAAAUAUUAUCAGUUACAACGACGAAGGUGGUGGUGAAGACGAUAUGACAGGCUUCAACAGGAGUACACUUAAAGUUCCGUUGGAGAGCAACUCUAAAGAAACUAUUAAAAUGGUAGAGCUUCCUUGCCUUCAGGCUGUGCGGGAGUAUGAAACAGAACAUGACCUGUUGUGCUACGAUGAUUUCAGAAAUUACGCGGAAGAAGGGUUAGGCAGCCUGGCGAGUUCCCUGUCUUCCCUGGGCACAGACAUUGAACAUAAACAAAAGAAUCCUCAGCUCUCCGAGAUCCAAGCCAUCAAGUUUCACAAAGUUGCUGAGAUUUAUCUGAAGAGAGACGUACAACCCUCCUAGCUAGACUUCAGUGUGCAUGUUUAAUCUGCUGUCACAGGAGAAAUUCCAACGGAAAUUAUGUUAUAUGUUUAUGUGUAAUUCUGGGACAUAGACUACUAAAUGGUGCUGAGACAUUGUAUUUGUUUUAUAUUGACAUUUGAAGAAUAAUGCUAAUCGUUUUACGUGCCUUCAAUAUUAUUUUUUAUUUAAGUAAUUAUUGCAUUUAUAUAUUUAUAUAGUUUUGUUUUAUCACUUUUUAUAUUGUAAAAUAUAAAUCUACUCUAUCCUAUUUGUGAAUAUAAAAAGUAGGCCUACCCUCAAAUAGCAAAAUAUUUGUAACUAAUAAAACAAGACGUAGAGGCUAAAAUGUCCAAUAAUAAAUAUUAUCCUGAAUUUAAUGCAAACGUUUAUCUGAUUUAUUUUAACCAAUUAAUUUUGUUUUCAUUACUUUUUGUAAGUUUCUAAAGUGAAAUAUGUUUUUUAUCUCAGAUAAAGUUCAAAAAGAAUAUAUUUAGAAGACUACUUUUUGGGAAACCUCAUUUAAAUAUAUGAUUGAUAUAAAACUGAUUUUCAAAGAAAUAUUUUAGUAUUUAAAAUACAUAACAGAUAAAACGAAAUGUAUAUAAUGUAGAUUUUUAAAAUUUAUGGAAUACGAAGUAAGUUGUAGAAACGCUCAAAGGAUAUCAGUACUGUAGAGAAACCUGUCUUAUAAAUAAUGUAAAUACACAGGGAGUAUAAAUAGUUGUUUUCAUUACAGGAGUGACCAAGUCACUGAGUUUUCGAAAUAACUGUGAUACUUGUAACAUAAAAUGUUUAAUAAUUUAAUGUUUCAGAGUUUUUUUAUUAAUUUAUACUGAUUUUGUUAUUAUGGAAUAAAGUAUUUUUAUAUCA